ACAACCGUUGAAACCAAUACAGAAGAGAGAGUAGAAUUUUGUGAGAAAAAGAGAAAAAAAAGGUAUUUUUAUGAUAAAGAUAAGAAAGAAGAAAAUCAAAUAUGCCAUUGAUUGAGCUUACAGUUAACCAUUUGUGUAAAUCACACGAUUUGUGUUUAUAUUCGUGAUCUUAAAAAGUGACACAAAGUGAUUAGUUUGUUCGUGUGGUAACAAGAGGCUCCACCGCGCGGUUGAAAGGCGGCCUCCGGGUGGCCCAUUGGAAUGGAGAAUUCGGUGAAAAAUAAUAGUGAGUUACUUUCUGAAAAUGUUCGUAUUUAAUUCCUGGAAAGAGAUAAUGUUUAUUUUAGUACCAAAAAAAUCAUAAAAAGAACUAUAUACUAAGAUUCAGAAACUGAUAAGUAAAGUGUCUUAAUCAAUCAAAGAAUUAAGCAGUGUUUCUGGUCCAGAAUUAACUACUACCACCAGCAGCAUCACCAAGAGGGUGAAUUCGCAAUGCUAACAAGUAGUCCACCAGCUGAUAGUGAUAAAAUGGUUGGGUAUAAGCCCAUCGUUGUUGUUUGUUUUGUUAGGAUUUUCACGUAAUUCUAAUGUAAAAAAUUUUAAAAUAAGUAUAUUAGAGAAUUCUAACUAACUUUUGAGCUGGAGCAAUUAAGAAACCCCGAGGAGGUGGUGGAGGCGGAGUACGAUGAGCUCAGAUAAUCAUGAUAGAUCAAGAAUUGCUCACAAGAGCCAGAGGGCUAGUGAAGAAUGUACUUUUGAUACAAGGAAAAUUAAAAAAGAAAGGAAUGAAAUUUGUGGAGAAAAUGGAUCUCAUACUAAUGCUAUCGAUGGAUUUAAUGUUUUAAUUAAUGACUCAGGGAAUGAACAAACAUUAAGAGAACGAGCAGGUGCCGGUUCGAGGCUGUCAAAUGGUAUUCAUAACAUUGAUAUUCUUCAAGAUAUCAUUUCAGCUAAAUUAACAUCAAAUGCUCAUGGUCCUGGAUCUGCAGCUAAAAAUGAAAAGAUUCGACAUAUGAUUGAAGAGAGUAUCAGUGACGAGUCAAAAUCUCGAGUUCAAGAAAUUUAUCUUAGCGUGGAGCAACUUACAGUAGAAGAGAAAUUAUUGUUGUACCUGAAACUGCCUACAUCACUACUUAAUCCAAGUAGUAGUGUAGAUCCGCUGAGGCAACCAUUAAAUCCUCUUGGUAAUCGUUAUGAAAUCCAUCAAACAAUUAUGUGGAUUAAAACACAUUUGGAAGAAGAUCCUGAUGUAUCAUUACCUAAACAAGAAGUUUACGAUGAAUAUAACUUUUUCUGUAUGAGCAAUUUAAUGAAACCAUUAUCUACUGCAGAUUUUGGUAAAGUUAUGAAGCAAGUUUACCCACGAGUACGACCACGAAGACUCGGAACUCGUGGGAAUUCUCGUUACUGUUAUGCAGGAAUGAGGAAACGUGUAAAACUUGAUACUCCAACAUUGCCUGCAAUUUUAGGAACAGAGGAUGAAGACUUUGAAAAAUCAGUUACUGAAGAAAUGCUUGGAGCAGCAUCAACGUUGAUUAGAGAAUGGGCUGAAAGUACAUUAGGACAUAAAUUUCAAUCAUUAAGUGCAUUAGCUCGUCAUUUAGUUCAGAAUCUUUGCGUCAACACUCGAUCGUUAGCCGCUGUGUGUAUUCUUAGCGCUUCAGAAGAUUCGUCAACCUCGUCUAAUAAAAUUUUAGAGACACCCCCAAAAUCAUCAACGCCAAUUGGGGGAAAAUCAGGAAAAUCAAGAGAAGUGCAAUUGCAAUUACAAAAAAAACUCCAACAACGAGAAAAUAGUCGUGAUCAAAAACAUCGACAGACUGACUCAAUUCAAAAUCACAAUAAGGAUAAAAGUAUAGAAACACGAAAUUCAAUAGGAAAAAUAUGUAAGAAAACUAAAUCAAAUCAAUAUCCGCCAACAAAUUCGACGCCAAAUUUAAUAAUAAAAUCAACAUCAACUGUAAAUCGGUCUAAAAAACUGUCGCGGUCUGCAAGUCAGGCUUGUACGGUAUCACCACAAUUAAACUGUGAUAAUACAUCAAUACGAGCACUAGAAGAGCCGCUAAAUGGUUCAUGUCUUAGAUCAUGUACCCCUAAUAAUUCUAGUUCUCCAAGAGAAAUUAAAGCUCCAACAAAAACUUCCCGAAAACGAAUAAGCCUAGAUCAAACACGAAUUAGUACGGAAACAAGCCCAGAAAAACAAGCUAAACUAUCUGGUGAACAAGAAUCUAUUAAAACUGAAGAUCUUAAAAUAUCUCUGCCAAAAGUAUCAACUAUUCAACGACCGGGUAAAAUUUUAGUUAUAUCUCCAAGUAAUGUAAAAACUACUAAACUAGAAGUAGUUGAUAAUUCAACUGUAAAAAAUUCUAAAUACUAUGAAAGUGCUAUAGAAACUCAAAAAAAUAUGAACGGCCGUUCAACGGCUGAAACAAAUGUGGCUGUUUCAGUAGAUGAUUGUAGUGGUUUAACAAAAGACCCAUUACGUAUUCUUCAAGAAGAUCCUACUUUUUUGGAUAAAAAUGAUAAAUUAUGUACUAUUGAUACAGAUGCUUUAGAUGAUUAUUUAAAUGGUGGCAAUAAUUCACAAGAACCUGAAGAAGAGCUUCUUCAAUAUUUUCAACAAUCGAAUUCAUCUAGUUCGGAUAAUGAAUCAAUUCAGCAUGUCAUUAGUACAGAUACAGAUCAAACAUCACGAUCUGAUCAAGUUUCUCAGUUACGAUUAAUUUUACAGCAGAAUCUCAAGGGAACAGUAAGAGUUGAAACUUCAGCAAAAACAAACCAAUUGGAAAAAAGUGAGGUACAAAAAGAAGAUAUUACAUUGCCAAUUUUAUUGAAUCAUCAAAAUCAAACUAGCUCACGCAGACGUGUAAGCUUUGAGACCAGUGUCGUAGAACACGUACAGGAAUCUAGUACUCCUGUUCAGACUAUUCCACAAAGUCCAAAUACACGUCGUCGUACAUUCAAUUUCACACCUAUUUCGCCGAGUCCUCAUUCGCCCAGUAAUGGGCGCGCUUCCAAACCAAAUUCUGCCAAUGCUAGUCCUUUUGUUUCACCUCGAAACACUCCUGUUCCACGAUCACGAAGUAAUGUAGCUGGCGUAUGUAGAUCAAGAACCAGUCAAAAAUCAUUAUCCCGUUCCACAUCAUGUAUUGCACCUUAUACUGGUAAAACUGAUAUUUUUGUUGUACCUUCAAGUAACAAUGAAACACUGAAAUCAUCACCAUCAUCAUUUGGAUGCCCUAAAAAUGUUGAAGUUCAAGUUAAUAAUAAUAUUGGAACACUUAGUAUGGGACCAGAUAAAUUAACUUCACUUCUUAAUGAUAUAAAUCCACAGAAACAAUUGUUGAUUAAUUAUCCAAGUCAAGAAAAUCUUCUGGAAAUAAAAAAUGUUCAUAGACGAAGUAAACCUGCAGAUCAAGAAAUAAGUGAAUUACUAAAUAGUGUAAAACCAUUAAGUAAUGAAUUAUAUCGGUCGCAAUCAGUUCCACUUCAUCGAAUGGUAAACCCAGCACUUAUGUCACCAAUAUCAACUGGAACAUUUCAAAGUUAUCAUAGUGUCAAUCCAUCUACAAGUAGUUCACUUGUUCAUACUCCAGUACCAAGUGAAUUCGAUGAUUUUGGAUCUAUUGGUCAACCCGAUAAUUAUCUUUUAGAUGAUACUAAUUUUAUGAAUAACGAUCAACAGUUUCUCAUGGAAGAAAAAGAGAUAUCAUCAGAAAAUAUUACCAAAAUCUUGAAUUUUUUAGGCGGAGAAGAUGGAAAAGUUUCAAAUAUAUUACCUGAGCAAUCUGAUGAAAUUAUAAAUGAUACUGAUUUGAUUCUCGAUUCAAUUCCAAACUCAAACUUGAAUGUACAAGAAACAAUGUUGGAUCCAUCAACAUUAAAUCCAACUGUCGAUGCUUUUCAAAAAAUAAUUCAAUCAAGGUCGUAUCCAAAUACUCCACUGCCUCCAGCAAUGUCUUAUCCAUCAGCUUUUACGGAAGACAGUAAUGGAUCUAGAUCUUAUCCUUCCACUCCAUUGCAUACCAUUCAACCUCAAGAAGUUUAUCAAGAAACUAAUGAACCCAUGUUAUCUAGCCCAACUUUAAAUUCAUUGAAUUUACAAGGAGAACCAGCUAAUGCUGAUUCAACUGAUACUGUUUGUAGAAAUGUUUCGAAUUUGUUAGAGUCUAAUUUUCUUGAAGAUGUCGAAGUCGAAGAUAAUUUAAAUUCUUUGAGUAAUUUCGACGGGUUACAAGAUGUCGAUUCAUUAACUCCUUUAUUUAACGAAGUAUCUGAGACCAAUCAAUAAUCGAAUUUAAGUGCUCAGUUAAUGGAAUGAUCAAUUCAGUGAAUAAUAAAUUAGUGGUACAUCCACUUUCUUGUUAGGCUGUGGCGAUAGUUGAUCCUUUUGCUUCAUUCUAUUUAUUAGUAAAUAAAUAAAAUGAACAAAAUGGUGAAUAUAAAUAAAAAAAGAAAAAAAUAUAGACAACAAAAAAUGUGAUAAUUUCUCAUUAAAGACUGUACACAAGUAGUACAGGUUGUUUUAUAAAAAUGACAGCACUGCCACAUAAAUUUUUCUUUUUUUUUUUAAUGUGGCCAAAGGCAGUUUCCUCGGCCCGGAUUAUUUUUAUGAAACGUAAAUAAAAUAAUUCAACGUGAUACAAAAAUAAUUAUUAAAUUAUCCAGUUUACACAUGCAUCGUGUAGAAAUAAUUUAAGAACUAAGUAUUUCGGUCACGAUCAUUUCGUGAUUUUAUUAAUAAAACUCUUUUUCAUGCUAAAAAAAACAAAUAACUAAAUACAACAAAGGCACGAUAAAAAACGAUAAAUCGAUAUGUAGAUGUGAUGAUUCGAAAUUCUUAAAAAUUUUUUUUUCCACGAAAAUUAGGUUUUAAUUAAGAUCUGAUUUAAAUAACAUUUAUUUAAUUAAAUUUAAGAUGAAUAAAUUGAGAUAUUAGUCAUGGAUUAAUUAUAUUGAAAUACGAUAAAAAUAAAAUAAAUUACCAAUGGCAAGAUUUUAUGAA